CACCGGCGGGGCGCGGAUCGGGCAGCGACGGGGUGGACCAGAGUGCGUGACACACGUACGUGUGUGUGUACGCAGACACGUGCACACCACAGAGAUCUGCCUGCACGUGUAUGUGCCCGUCUGCAUGCAUGCAUAUAUAUAUUUGUCAAUCAUUGAUCUUAGUCUAAGACAGAAUCUUCCAUUCUGAGCUCUUAAUGAGACAGUUCAUCUAGAAAGAUGGCCACUACAGAGCCCCUAUCAAAAAAGACUAUAAUGGGUCCUUAUGGAAUCAAUCGUGCUGUACAUCGCAUUACUCUUUCUGAUUGUCAGAAUGGAUUAGGGGUGAAAAUUAUUGGAGGUUAUCGGGAGCAGACUUCAGAAGACUAUGGAAUUUUCAUAAAAAGAAUUUUGCCUGGAGGAAUGGCUGCAUUAGAUAGUCGCUUGUUCACUGGAGACCUAAUCUUGGAUGUCAAUGGAGAAAACUUAGUUGGUGUAACCAACGAAAGAGCUGUUGACAUCUUGCGAACAGCAUCUGCAUCUAAUCACAUGUCUCUGCUGAUUGCGAGAGAUGAAGAAGCCAAGAAAGAAUUUCUAAACCUGAUGGACAAGUAUGGAUCUCAUGCUAAUACAGACUCUGCAAGAAGCUCUCCAACACAACUGCUAGCUGUGAAAUCUGCUGACAGCCUUUCUUCAGCAUCAUCUUCAAGGUCCCAGAGUCCUCAGCUGGCACAAGCAAAGGAUACUGCCACCAGCCACAAUGGAAGUAUCUCUGUCAUAGACGCAUCCCUUCACCUCGCAAAUGACAGUGCAUUUCAGAUUAUCACUGUUUCCAAGGGAACAGGCCUAGGCUUGAAUAUUGUGGGAGGAAUUAACAGAAAUGAAGGGCCCUUGGUGUAUAUUCAAGAAGUUAUUCCUGGAGGUGACUGCCAUAAGGAUGGACGAUUGAAACCUGGAGACCAGCUUGUAUCAAUAAACAAGGAGUCGAUGAUUGGUGUCUCCCAUGAAGAGGCAAAAAGUAUAAUCAGCAGAACAAAGCCAAAAUCAGAAUCUGCUUGGGAAAUCGCUUUCAUCAGACAAAAGACUGUUCCCAGUCACUUGGAACAUGCACAACGCCCUUCUAGUUUCUUGACAUCUUCUGGUGCAUAUGGACAGCAACAAAAUCCAACAUUUAAUCUUCUUACAUCUCCUAAUGAGAACUUUGCUUCUAAGAUGACCCCUUCCAGUGCUCUGAACUUUUAUAUCUCAAACUGCUAUCUAAAAAAAGAAAAGAAGGACUUCAUUAUAAAGCAGAGGCUGCUAGAAAAGGGUCUGGGUUUGAACCUGAAGACACAAGGACAUUUGGCAGCCUUUUUCCCUCUGCAUUUCAAGUCUUGUCAUCCCUGGGGCAUCAGCUUCCUGAGACUAUUUACUUUAGCUGCACAGGAUGUUGUGACAAAAACUGGAUUCAAGAAGAGAGAGCAAUCUCCAAUUAUUUCUGAAGACAGCAGCUCUACUGAUGUGUCUGCUACUGCUGUUGCCCCCAACCAGGCAGAUGAUUAUGGACUGCAAGGAAAGAAGAUUUCUGUAAACCCUACUGUUCGUCUCAAAGUGGAAAAGCUGGAGAUGGCACUGAAUUACCUUGGGAUUCAGCCCACAGCUGAACAGCAUCGAGCCCUAAGGCACCAACUACAGAAAGAUUCUAAUGGGACAGUAUCUUUUGGAGAUUUUGUUCAGGUUGCGAGAAAUCUGUUCUGUUUGCAACCGGAGGAAGCAGGUGGUGGCCAAAACCCCAUCGCAUUCGGGCCCAGUGAAGUCAUCAGUUUAUUAGACUCACAGUUUGUAUCCUGUGAUUCUGUGGAAGUGGAUGAUAUGGAAAGACUUAAAAAUGAAAGAAACGACGCUUUAAAAGAAAUAACUAAACUGAAGGAACAAUUGUCUGAAUCUUUAAGUGUACAGAAACAGUUAACAGAGGAGCUACAGACUGUCAAACAGGAAGCCAAGGCAGCGGUGGAAGAGACAAGAGCUUUGCGAAGCAGGAUUCAUCUUGCAGAAGCCGCACAGAGGCAGGCUCGUGGGAUGGAGAUGGACUAUGAAGAAGUAAUCCACCUAUUAGAGGCUGAAAUUACAGAGCUGAAGGCUCAGCUCACUGAUCAUUCUGGCCAAAAUAAAGAAAGUGCACAUGAUUUAAAAAAGAGAAUCACAGUGCUAGACUGCCAACUACGGAAAUCAGAAUCAUCUAGGAAAGCCUUUGAAGUGGCCACUGAAAAACUGCUGCAGUUCACAGAGAUUGUACACGAAGCCCUGUCAGAAAACUCCUCUUUGUCAGCUUUAAGUGAUAGAAGAGCCACAUUGUCAGCUAAGACACUACUUGCACGACUGGGGAAGAAUGGACGUACUGUCACAGCAGCCCUUGGAGCUGAAGCGAAAGACCUUGCUAAAUCUGUCCGUGCCAUUCUAGAAGUAGACUGCCUACCUUAUGGAUGGGAAGAAGCAUACACAGCCGAUGGAAUCAAGUACUUUAUCAACCAUGUAACACAGACAACAUCAUGGAUCCAUCCUGUAAUCAGCGCGCUGAGCUUAUCCUGUUCAGAUGAGAAUGAGGAAGACGGCACCAGAGAGCUAGCAGAGCCCAGGAGCUGAGGAUGUCUGUUGGUAGAUAGUAGUUUCACUCAUUCUUACACAAUAAUCAGAAGACCGCGCUUUCCUGUAGUCUAGCAUAUUACACCUGAUCUUGCUGUGCUUGAACUCAAAGGGAGUUGUGUCAUUGAUUUAUGUGGGAUCAGUUUCAUGGGUGAAAUUCACCUCUGCAAAAGGUCUGUGUAUUACAUACAUAAGUCCUCUUAAAUCCCGAAGGACUUGUUUAGUGCACAGGGUCUGCCCAGCUUGCGGGUACAGGGGUGAACCUUACCUUUGUCCCUUUAAGACCUUAUUCUCUCCUGUCUUCAGUUAUAUGUGGCUGUAACUCCAUUGUCUUGAACUGAGUUAAUUGCCAUUUGCAGCAGCAUGAGAGGGGCACAUUGGAUGUAAUUCCCAGAGGAACUUUCUGUCACUGGUUGGUGGAUGAGCUUUUUUACCAAAGCUAGUAGGUGUAACACAGAAGCCUUUUGUGUAACUACUGAGUGUAUGAUUUUUAUAAAAGAUUUCAUAUGUAUUUUGCUAUCAGAAGUUUAUGACAAUUUCUUACAAAUACUGAAGCCCAGAUUUUUUUUUACCAUUAUUUUUAUGGCAGUUAAUGAUUCGGCUUUAGAAAAAAUGAGGUCUGGAAAGUUGUUGACCCCAGUUCUGGUAGAGGACACUCUUCUCUGUCAGCAUAAUUAUGCAGGAAUGAAAACCGUUUCACUUCUGUACUCUGCUAAACUGGUACACAUACGCAUUGAAUAUUUCUGUGGAAGCUGUGAAGUUUCAAGUACAAUGAAACCUGUGAAACCACCUCCAGGAUCAGCAGAAAUCAGUCACCUCCCUGAAGCUGGGCUUUAAGUAGAAGUAAAACAAAAUCAUUCUGGAAACCCUGGUGAUGAUUUAAAGGGGUGGCUGAAAAGGACCAGGACUGCUAGGGAAGCUACAAGCAGGUUUCACUGUACGCAAGCAGCACAAGACUUCUUAAAACUGUGUUGCUCACAGCACACCAUACGAUGGCUGCUUUGUCGACUGUUUGAUUCUACAAUCGGUCAUUCCUGUGGCUCUCUUUAUACAUGUACAUAUGUCAGGUAUUGACUAACAAAUAAGGAACACAGACUUUGCAGAAGCACUGACGAACAUACCAGAGGAAAACAGUAUUUUUUGACAGUAAGGACCAAGAUGUGGGGCUCUACUGUAAGGAAAUUAGGAUGACAGGCUGACACAGCUGAGUCGUUCUGCAAAGGGAAGUUGAAAGUGUAUUUAAGAAGUUGAGAACUGUGCAUCUCUCCAGGUGAAAUAGGAUGCCUCCCUGGUCCUUGCCAUUCAAGCCAGGACAUUGCCAGCAGCUACACCCAAGACAUCUAGUGGGUGAAACAGAAUUUAGCCCUUUGUUGUCUGCUUUUAAUUAGUGUAGGGUUAAGUCACCCAUAGAUGUGGGGUCUGUGCCCUUUUGGGGGGGCAAAGGGAGUGUUCAGGAAAGGCUGGAUCAGCAGGUCCACAGUAACUUGCAUCCAAUGAGCAAAUCCUCCAUGUACAACAGCAGCCCUGGGAGUUGCUGUGCUGUAGCCAUUCUCUGUUCCACUAGCCCUAAGCUGCUUCAAGGCCUGAGGGAGGACGGUACCUCCAAACAAUGACCUGGCACCACUGAGCAGAGCUCAUUUGCUUGUGCUUUAUACAGUCCUCUGAGGUGCAGACCUUGGACUCAGACCCAGCACAGAUAUAAACUGCUCACCAGACCUAUCUGGCUUUCUGACAAUGUUAACUUUGGCUCUAGCAAUAAUGUAGGUGCUUUAUGUAUGACAGAUCCUUUCAGGAUGGAAGACUUUGGGCAUUUGGGUUUUAAUCAGGAAGCAUUUAAAAAAAUCUGGUCAGUCAGCGUGCAUGUAGACUGCUUUUCUGCUUCCGUUGUGAGACACGUGAACUGGGCUGUUGAGUUGUGCUCUCCUCAUAGCACUUGCUUUAGUCUGGGAUUUUGUCUUCGCAAAGUGUAGGGCAGCACUAGGUAGUCGCAGUCCACUAGCAGCUCCCCAAGCACGCUGCAGCAGGAACCGCAUGGAAUUUAAAGCUGCCCUUUCGUUGGACCGGGGGGAGGAGGACAGCCAUGUACACUCGGCCUGUCUUUCCCCAAGGAACCCCCUACUCCGAGCACGCUAUUCACAGCCCACCGUACCAGUCAAAAAAAACGCUGGUCUUCUGCAGUGCUUGCUGUCUCCACCCACAUCUGAGAACAUUUCAGCGAUUCGGAGCACGUUCUAGUCUCUCUUCCAUUUUUACCUUGUAAUUAAGGACUACUUAAAAAAAGAUCUCUUCAUCCAUCUAGUUUCUUCCUUAUUCAAGUGUUGGUUCUUCAGAUAAGCUACCCUAGUUCAUAUUCUCCACCACUGGUCUCUCUUUUUCAUACCUGUAAUCUCCAAAUGUUCUAGUCUAUUUUUGUAAGCUGGCAUACUUGUUUCCUAGGUUAUCCUCUCUCUCUCCCUUCAUCCCUCCCUCCCUCCCUCUCCCUUCUUUUUUCUUUCUCUCUGCGAAGUAGUUUGCAAAACAAUUUUGAUUAAGUUGAAUUGUAUAAACUGAGAAAAUGGGUCUAGAAUAAUGUAAUGCAAAUUUGUAAAGAGGAAUUGUCAAAACACACAGUGAUGUAAUGGCUAUUUUACAUUUUUACUGCACAAUAAAACAUCCUGACUUCAAGAGAAAUGGAAGUACAACAUUGUAGUCUGUAAAACAAUAAAACAGUGGCUUUGCAAGAAAAUAGAUAUUGGAUCCUUAACAUGGCUUCCUAUGC